AUGUCUAACGCGAGCUGCAUUUCAUUAUCUGCCUUUCUAAUAAUAUCUUUUUUUCUUUCCCCUCCCCAGCCUUCUCCAGAGACAACUGAAAUAGACCUAGAUGGAGGAAUUGAUCAGGACAUCUUCGACAUAAAUGAAGCUUUAGGACUAGACCUUUUUGAGGGAGACAUCAAACUUCCUGUGGAUCGAAACUCCAUCAUUGGUGACAACUAUCGGUGGCCCCAUGUCAUCCCUUACGUCCUUGAGAACAGCCUGGAAAUGAAUGCUAAGGGAGUCAUCCUCAAGGCAUUUGAACAAUAUCGACUGAAAACCUGUAUUGACUUCAAACCUUGGGAAGGGGAGAAGAAUUACAUAUCUGUGUUCAAAGGAAGUGGCUGCUGGUCGUCAGUGGGAAACCUGCAAAUGGGCCUGCAGCAACUCUCCAUUGGAGCCAACUGUGACAGGAUUGGGACAGUCCAGCAUGAGUUCCUGCACGCCCUGGGAUUCUGGCACGAGCAGUCUCGGUCUGACCGGGAUGACUAUGUGACCAUCGUCUGGGACAGGAUUCAGUCUGGUAAAGAACAUAAUUUCAAUAAAUACGAUGAUAACAGAUCAGACUUCCUGAAUGUUCCCUAUGACUACAAUUCUGUGAUGCACUACAGCAAGACUGCAUUCAAGAAUGGAACUGAUCCCACCAUCAUCACCAACAUACCAGACUUCAUUGAUGUCAUAGGACAGAGAAUGGAUUUCAGUGAGUACGACCUAAAGAAACUGAACCGGCUCUACAACUGCACCUCCUCCCUAAGUUUCAUGGACACAUGCAGUUUUGAACUUGAAAAUAUAUGUGGCAUGAUCCAAAGUUCAGAUGAUAACAGUGACUGGCAGCGUUUGUCUCAGGUUCCUGCUGGGCCAAAUACUGAUCACACCAAUAUGGGAGAAUGCAAAGAUUCUGGCUACUUCAUGCAUUUUGACACCAGUGCUGGAGGAGAAGGAAGCACAGCUGUCCUGGAGAGCCGAAUUCUGUAUCCCAAAAGAGGUUUUCAGUGCUUGCAAUUCUAUUUAUAUAACAGUGGUAACGAGAAUGACCGGCUGAAUGUCUGGGUCAGGGAAUACACGUCAGCCAAUCCAAAUGGCACUCGGAGAUUCAUCAAAGAGAUAAAAGGUUCACCUGGGACCUACUGGCAGCUCCAUCAUGUUUCUUUGAAUGUCACCAGUAAAUUCCGGGUUGUGUUUCAAGGCGUGAGAGGAAGUGGCUUAUCAAGUGGAGGCCUCUCUAUUGAUGACAUCAACUUGUCAGAAACUCAGUGUCCCCACCAUGUCUGGCAUAUCAGAAAUUUCACGCAUCUCCUCAACACAAGUCCAGCAGGAAAAAAGGGAAUAAUAUACAGUCCACCUUUUUAUUCUAGUGAAGGAUAUGCUUUUCAGGUCAGCUUGUAUGUAAAUGGUACUGCUGAUAACCCAUUUAAUUUAGGAAUAUACUUGUCCUUGAUUUCUGGAGCAAACGAUGAUCAUUUGAAAUGGCCCUGUCCAUGGCAACAAGUUACCAUGAUCCUGCUUGACCAGCAUCCUGAUAUUCGUCAACAGAUGUCAAACCAAAGAAGUGUAACAACAGACCCUGAGAGGCUUUCAGAAUCCUCAUCAAACUAUACUUGGGAUAGGCCAGAUAAAGUAGGAUCCGAAGCAACUUUUCCCAAUGGAACUAAAUACAUGAGAGGUCCAGGAGUUGGAACAAGUGCAUUUUUAACUCAUGAGAGACUUAGAAGCCGCAACUUUAUCAAAGAAGAUGGUGUUUAUAUUCUUUUAACAAUGGAAGAUAUAUCACAUCUCCUGUCAACUCAGCCGAGCAUUCCACCCCCUCUUGUUACAACUGCAAGUGCCACCACCACCACCAAAGCUGGGCCUGGCCCUACUGCCACCACCGAGCCCCCCAGGCCUGAGAUCACCAUCACCACUGCAUCCACCACCACUACAUCCACCACCACUACAUCCACCACCACUACAUCCACCACCACUGCAUCCACCACUGCAUCCACCACCACUGCAUCCACCACCAGCACCACCAGCCAGCCCGGAGAUCCAGAGGUUCCGGCCUUCUGCCCAAACAACCCCUGUGAAAACGACGGUGUCUGCGUCAUAGUAAACAGAGCGCCCGUGUGCAGAUGUCCAGCAGGUGACAACUGGUGGUACAUGGGAGAAAAGUGUGAAAGGAAAGGCUCAACUCAUGAAAAUACUGUAAUAGCUGUUUCUUCAACCAUAACUGUGUUUGUUGUAAUGCUUAUUGUCACCAUCACAACUGCAGUGUGCCUUAAAAAGAAAUACACACAAGGAAAGGACAAUAAGGAGAGUGUGACUCUAGAAGAAACUAAAACAUCCUUCUGAAGAUAAUGCAAACAAGCAUCAAAGACACAAGAUGAGCAUCACUGCAAAACCACAACUACGUCAUCACUCUUUCUGCUCCUUUUAUCUCUACCAUCAUGAUAAAAGUUUGUAAAGUCUGGAAAA